CAACAACACACAAAGUGUAUUAUUAUAUUUUCAACGCGUGACACUCAUCGGAGACUUUACCAAGGGUACAAAAUCGUUUACUAAAGGAGGCGGACCCAGUUGCAGUAAAGCGGUACGUCCUAAGUUUGACCCCUGACAUGACCCCUGGCCGUGGCACACUCUUGAUACACCUAGCUGGCUAGCUUGCUGAUCAUGUCUCUGACAUCACAGCCAAGCUCAUGCAGAUAACAAGGACAACAACCAUAACAACCUAUCAUCCAAUCAAGAGGGGAAGCAGGAAGUGGAUUGGUGCAGGUCCCAGCUGACCCUGAAAGCUGACACAGCGAAGGUACGCAUAUCAUUACUGAACUGCUCUAGAUACUGGGUGAGGUGUGUGAGUGCGCACGUGUGAGUGCGCACGUGUGAGUGCGCACGUGUGAGUGCGCACGUGUGAGUGCGUGCAUGUGUGAUCCAGACCUCCAUGUUACAGCACCACAGGUCAAAGACCAGCAGGAAAGAGCAACAGAGAGAGGAAGACCAAGAGGAACAACAAAUACUUUUCAGUGAACAACCAGCCAACAGUUUAAACAGUAAAUCAAAAAGGAAGAGCAAAGACUUCACAGAGCAGAAUAAGAAAGAGAGAAGAGGAUCUGGGAAUGCCAGGAAUAUAAAGGAGAAAGACCAAUUUCUCAAAAACAAAUCAACAAAUGAAAAGAAGCGUAAAAAGGAGAAUUCAGAAAAAGAGAAAUUAAAGAAGAAAGUGAAGCUGGAAGAGAGGGAGGAUAAAAGGCUGAAAGACAAGGAUAUCAAGGAGGACAGUACAUGGAAAUGGUGGGAGGAGGGUCACACCAGUGAUGGGAGGAAGUGGUCUAGCCUGGAGCACCGCGGGCCGCUUAUCCCCCCACCAUAUGACCCCAUACCCAGCAACGUAAAUUUCUACUACAACGGUGAGCCGGUGAAACUGAGCCUGACUGCAGAGGAGGUGGCAACAUUCUAUGCUAAGAUGCUGGAUCAUGAGUACACCACUAAGCCCGUGUUCCAAGAGAACUUCUUUACUGACUGGAGAGAGGAAAUGACCUCAGACGAGAGGGCUCUGAUCAGGAAGCUGUCUAAGUGUGACUUCACAGAGAUCAAUAAGUACUUCUUGCUCAAGGCUGAAGAGAGGAAAGCCUUGACUAAGGAGCAGAAGAAGGUUCUGAAGGAGGAGGCCAGCCUGCUGACAGAGGAGUAUGGGUUCUGUGUUCUGGACGGCCACAGGGAGAAGAUUGGGAACUUCCGUGUGGAACCGCCAGGCCUGUUCCGUGGCCGUGGAGAGCACCCGAAAAUGGGAAAACUGAAGAAGAGGAUCCAGCCUGAGGACAUCACCAUCAACUGCAGCAGAGAUUUCAAGGUGCCAGCAGCUCCUGAGGGACACAGGUGGAAGAAGGUGCAGCAUGACGACACAGUCACGUGGCUGGCCUCCUGGGUGGAGAAUGUCCAGGGAAACAUCAAAUACGUCAUGCUCAACCCUAGCUCCAAACUGAAGGGAGAGAAGGACUGGCAGAAGUAUGAGGUGGCUCGCAGGUUGAAGGAGAAGGUCGAGACCAUCAGGAGGCGCUAUAUAGAAGACUGGAAGGACAGAGAGAUGAAGAACAGGCAGAGAGGAGUAGCUCUGUACUUCAUUGACAAGCUUGCUCUACGUGCGGGAAACGAGAAGGAGGAGAGUGAGACGGCUGACACGGUUGGCUGCUGCUCUCUGAGGGUGGAGCACAUCAGGCUCGUCCCACUGCUGGACAGCCUGGAGAAUGUGGUGGAGUUUGACUUCCUGGGGAAGGACUCCAUUCGCUACUACAACAAGGUUCCAGUGGAGGCCAGGGUCUUCAAGAACCUUAAACUCUUCGUGGAAAAUAAAGACCCUGGUGACGACCUCUUUGAUAGAAUCAACACGGGGUAUCUGAACAAGCACCUGAACCAGGCCAUGCCCGGCCUGACGGCCAAGGUGUUCAGAACUUACAACGCUUCCACCACUCUGCAGGAGCAGCUCAGCCAAAUCACCUCUGCUGACAUGAGCUUGGAGGAGAAGGUGCUGUCGUAUAACCGUGCUAACAGAGCUGUAGCCAUCCUCUGCAACCACCAGAGGGCAGCACCUAAAACCUUUGAGAAGUCGAUGCAACUGCUGAAGGACAAGAUGUCCCAGAAGGAGCAGCAGUUGGAGACAACCAGGAAGGAGCUGAAGACAGCUCAGAAGGAGCACAAGAGAGAGCAGUGUGACAGAACCAAAAGGUUAGUGGAGAAGAAGGAGGCAGCUGUCAAACGACUGGAGGAGCAGCUGAAGAAGCUCUGCCUCCAGAUGACUGACAGGGAGGAGAAUAAGGUCAUUGCCUUGGGAACCUCGAAACUCAACUACCUCGAUCCCCGCAUCUCUGUGGCCUGGUGCAGGAAGUUCAAUGUCCCGAUAGAGAAGAUCUACAACAAGACCCAAAGAGACAAGUUUGCCUGGGCGAUAGACAUGACGGACGACACCUUUACAUUUUGAUUUGUUGACCUUUACUCUGUCAGACUUCUUAGUUUACCUUGAGAUUAGAUGUGGAAUAUCUAAACAUGUAUCUGGGUCUAUUGAAUAAAACUGGUUGAUGUGUGGAACAGAAAAGUGGGCUUGAU